AGAAAAAAGAACAUGGCUGCUUUCACUGAGAGGCAAGAGGCUUUAGUAAAGAGUUCAUGGGAAGCAUUCAAGCAAAACAUUCCUAACCUCAGCGUUCUGUUCUACACCUUAAUAUUGGAGAAAGCACCAGCAGCAAAGGACAUGUUCUCGUUUCUAAAGGACUCUGCUGAAGUACCAAAGAAUAAUCCUAACCUCAAAGCCCAUGCUGAAAAAGUUUUUGAGAUGACGUGUGAUUCAGCCGUUCAACUCAGGGCAAAAGGAGUAGUAGUGGUGCCAGAAGCUACAUUAAAGCAUUUGGGUUCUGUUCACGUCCAGAAAGGAGUCAUUGAUCCCCAUUUUGUGGUGGUUAAAGAUGCAGUGCUGAAAACAAUAAAGGAAGCAGUGGGUGACAAAUGGAGUGAUGAAUUGAGCAAUGCUUGGGAAAUAGCCUAUGAUGAAUUGGCAGCUGCAAUUAAGAAGGCCAUGACUUAG